CUUGUGGCCCGCCUGCCAAAAGAUCUCGAGGGCAGACCAGGUGAAGCCUACAGAGAGGAGGAAGCCAGGAGAAAAGGAAGGAAGGAAGGAGAAGACUUGGAAGAUGGCUUGGCUCAAGCUUGCAUUGCCGCUUUUCUUCCUGGGGGCCCUGCUGGUUUCGCCGGCUUACUGCCAACAGCCGCCUUGCGAGGUGGUCAGGAAGACGGUGCCAAGGGGCUCCUUCCAGCUGGAUGUGGAUCCUCGCGAUUAUACACCCGACGACAUCUAUACAGUAUCGAUCACCGGUGCAGAGAACGCCUCUUCCGUUAUCUUCCAAAUUCUGCCUUCGGAGAACAGCGGUGGGGGGCAGUGGGAAGAGGGGAACCGACUGGUCCGCUGCAGCCCUUCUGAUAGUGUCAUGCAGAAAAACAUCUCGGGGUCCAGCACCCGGACACGAUGGAUUUCCUCAAGCAACCUCAACAUCGGAUCGGCAGAAAUCAGAGCCUUUGUCACCUUUGCCAAUGGAACUACCCUGCUCCAGACUAGGACCCUGGCAAAAGGGGUGCUCAGCUCAGUGGCUUCGUCUUCCGUCUCCCGGCCAACCAGCAGCACUGGCAAGCCAACUCCUCUGAGCAACCCUACUGAUGGCCACCACCACAUCGCCGCUACCUCAUUCCACCAUAAUUUAGCACCUUCCCACCAAUCCACCAAAGGUCCACACAGUUCGGUCUCGGUGACCCAAGCCAGCUCGGUCCUCCUCGCCAUCCUGCAGUUCCUUUCCAUCUCUCUGGGAUACAAGCUCCUGGCCUAAGUUCUCACCCAGGUAUUAGGAGCAUACCUUCCAUGUUUGCGUACAAUCAGCAUUUGAGAACUCAUGGACCGGUUUUUCUUGGGGAUCCAAUAUCCCUCCUGCAAAAUCUCCUUCCUUCCCCGUCCCCUUCCCAGUCUCCUGCUGAACUCAGAGGCUUCAGCCUCUGUCUUGCCUCAAUCCGAAGAGAAAUGUCCAACUGCAGGGGUAUCAAACCAGGGGUGAAAUCCAGCAGGUUCUGACAGGUUCUGGAGAACCGGUAGCAGUAAUUUUGAGCAGUUCGGAGAAUCGGCAAAUACAACCUCUGGCUGGCCCCAGAGUGGGGUGGGAAUGGGGAUUUUGCAAUAUCUUUUCCCCAGGAGUGGUGGUCCAUAGUCUGUCUAUGACUUCCAGACAUAGCAAUAAACUCAAAAGUCAACAAACUGCCGCCCCAACUCAGCUGCCUGAGGCAGAUUGUGUAUUUACCUAACAGUAAGACCCUUCUGGGUCCCAAAAGUGGGAAGACACAACUGUUAUCUUAAAAGUAUAUGACUACAAUCUAGGCAAAAAUGUUCCUUAAAAAGUAAGACACACACACACACCCCUCCCCAGAGCGUCCUCUUGCAGUUUCCAUUCUUCCAUAGCGAGAAGAAUUGCAGAGUUUGAUUUGGGGAGAGGGCACUCAAGGGCAUUCGAGGCUCGGAUAAUCAGACUAAAAGGGUGAAAGGACUGUCACAAACUGGAACUGACAUUCUUCUCCUCCCACCCCCUGUCCUGCAAAGAUGCUGACCAAAGCGUUUCGUAACAGGCCAGUCGGACAACGCGGAUCGCUCAAAAGCUUAUCCGGAACGGCUGUGCUUGACUGCCAACCGAAAUACCGAAAUUUGAAAAGUUCUCAAGUUAAAUUAGCCAGGGAUGAAAUCCAGCAGGUUCCGACAGGUUCUGGAGAACCAGUAGCGGAAAUUUUGAGCAGUUCGGAGAACCAUCAAAUGCCACCUCUGGCUGGCCCCAAAGUGGGGUGGGAAUGGGGAUUUUGCAUUAUCCUUCCCCCAGGAGUGGGGAGGAAAUGGGGAUUUUGCAGUAUCCUUUCCCCUGGAGUGGGGUGGGAAUGGUUUGCAGUAUCCUUCCCAUGCCAUGCCCACCAAGCCACGCCCACAGAACUGGGAGCCAAAAAAAAAAUUGGAUUUCACCACUGAAAUUACCCUCUUUUCAACUGUUGGUCCAACCAAUCAUCUGGACUGCGGAUCUUUCACAACUGCGAGACUGGAAAAAUCUCUCCCUCCACCUCCUUUUUUUUUUUUUUUUACACUUUCUGCUAUUUAAAUCCCCUGCCGGUAAGGCAUUCUCCUGUGUUAAAAAGGGAAAAAAGUCUUUUUCUUUUCUCCAAAAAUAACUUGGGAGCUGCUCGCUGCUACUAUUACUACUAUGUGUCUGAAGAACCAAUUGCCUUGGGGUUUAAAAAAGAAAUAAAGAAAUUGGAGUGGGGCCCGGAAGAAACAGAAGAGAAGAAGGGAUUUUGUAAGCUCAGGAGUCCCGAAGUUGGACUUCCAAAAGUUCUGUGCGUGUUACUGAUGGUUUUUUGGGGGGUUUUUUGUACAUACUGUAUCUUUGGGAGACGUAUUUUGAAACUCCACUGUGCUUUCCGAAGCCAAUAAAAUACCUUCGUGAGA